AUGGCUAGUUCUGGCUCCUCCUGUGCUGACUGGAAAAAGAUGGAAGACGAGUUCACAGCUUAUGGGAUGAGCCUCAUGAAUCCUCCCUCUUCCAUUGAUGAGCUCUUCAAACUUCUUCAGAAAGUUGAGUCUUUACUGAAAAUGGUAAGUCAGGACCCAUUUGAUUCGACCACAAGUGCAAUUCAACCUUUAAUGAAAGCACUGGUUAGGAAUGAGCUAUUGGGGCAUACGAGUGAAGAUGUCAAAGUUUCAGUGAUUUCUUGUAUCACUGAAAUUUCUCGAAUAUAUGCCCCAAAGUACCCUUACAACGAUCAUAGACAAAUGGAGGAAAUUCUCCGGCAAACUGUAAUGGCUUUAAAAAAGUUAGCUGAUGUUACUAGCCGCAGUUAUCGGAAGGUGGUCCGAGUUCUGGAAAUCUUCACCAAAGUAAGGUUAACUGCAGUGGUAUUGGACCACGAAAAUGAAACGCUAAUCUUUGAGAUAUUCAAAAAAUUUCUCGAGGUCAUCAGGCCCUACCAUCCUCAUAAUAUAUUCACAUGGAUGAAAGAAAUCAUGACUCGGCUCAUAGAAGGCAGUGGUGAACUCUCAGCAGAGCUUCUACGGCUUCUUCUUGAUAGUCUCAAAAUUGAUAAUCAGAUGGAUUCACCCGUUGCAUCACACUUGGUGGAGGAAGUCCUAAAAGACUGUGCUGCCAUUGUGAAACCUUACUUUGCAGAAGCUUUAAAGUCAAUGAGCUUAAAUUCUGGUGACUAUGCUGAAACGGUUGCAUUAUUAUGCAAUGAAAUGCCAAAAGGAAAAGAAAUGAUGGCAACUGAAAAUGCACCGGAUACUGUGCAUCGCGUAAAAGUUGGUCCAUCUGAGGCUACAUGUUGUGAGCCAGCGCGGCAGGAUGAUACUCACAGGGAGAAGCUAAAGCAUACUUGUUUAACUAACAUCAUGAAACCUGUCAAUCCAGAAGAUGUGCACCCAACAAAAAAUGUGCCAAAAGAAAACCAGGAACGGACUGGAAGUCAUAAACUUACAGGUCAUCCUGUAAAAGUUGGUCCAUCUGAGGCUAAAUUUUGUGAACCAGUGCUGCAGGAUGAUACUCACAGGGAGAAGCUAAAGGAUACUUGUACAACAAACAUCAUAAAACCUAUCAAUCCAGAAGAUGUGCAACCAGCAACAAAUGUGCCAAAAGAAAACCAGGAAGGGACUGGAAGUCAUGAACUUUCAGGUAGUAGUGGCCAUCAUUCUUUGGUGUCCGAAAAUCAUAAUAAUAGCACUGGAAGUCAUGGUCAUUUCAAGAGAAAAGAGAUCCCGAUAAAUGACGAUGAUGAGCUGGUUGUGUUAAUUCCAAUAGGAGAUGUGCCGCAAUCCCAAGUUCAGAAAAAAGAUUCUCUUCAUUUAGAUCUCACUCGGGGAGAGAGAACCAAGCGCACAGUAUGUGCCAAAAGAAAACGAGGAAGCGACUCAAGGAAGAAUGAGUCUGCUUCAGAUUGUGACUCAGAGAGAAAAUCUGAAUCUAGCAUAAAAAAUGAAGAAGGAAACCUCGAAGAACACAAGGAGCCAACACUGCAACAAAUUUUUGGAACAAAACAGAGGCAGAAGAAGAAGAAAACAACUAAUACUGAAGAAUCUGGAGAUAAGGAUUCUGAAAGGGCUCAUACCAGCAAAGAUCAUGGUGCAGAACUGAUCGGCGCUAAAAUAAAAGUUUGGUGGCCAUUGGAGCAAGUGUUUUACGAGGGAGUCAUUUCUUCUUUUGAUUCUGAGACAAACAAACACAAGGUCAUAUAUGAUGAUGGUGAAGUAGAGAAAUUGAGACUACAUAAAGAACAAUGGGAAUUGCUUGAAGACAAUUCAUCUCAAAAGGAUUCCAAAAAACCUUGUUCCAUCAAAGAUUAUGGUAAGGAACUGGUUGGCGAUAGAAUAAAAGUUUGGUGGCCAUUGGAUGAAAUGUUUUACGAGGGAGUCAUUUCUUCUUUUGAUUCUGACACAAACAAACACGAGGUCGUGUAUGAUGAUGGUGAAGUAGAGAAAUUGAGACUACAUAAAGAACGAUGGAAGAUGCUUGAAGAUAAUUCAUCUCAAAAGGAUUCUAAAAGGACUUGUACCAUUAAAGAUUAUGGUAAGGAAUUGGUUGGCGCUAGAAUAAAAGUUUGGUGGCCAUUGGAUGAAAAGUUUUACGAGGGAGUAGUUUCUUCUUUUGAUCCUGUGGAAAGGAAACACAAGGUCUUAUAUGAUGAUGGUGAAGCAGAGAAAUUGAGACUACAUAAAGAACGAUGGGAGAUGCUUGAAGAUAAUUCAACUCAAAAGGACCAUGGAUUAGACUUUCAAGGCCAUGCUGUUUCAUCUGCUACGUCUUAAAUGAAGAAAGCAAAAAGAAACUCCUCGACAGGGCCAAACAUCUCUUCAUCCAAAAGGUCAUAAAGUACGGCAGAGUAGAAGGGCACUGAAUCAGUGGAAUUUUCUGUUGUGGAUAGGGAAGAAACUCAACUCAUGGAAGUCUUGAAGAAUUUUCAUAAAGCAGUGUGAUGUAAAUGUAACUACUAAAUUAGGUUUACCAAUAAGGGAUGUGAUCCAAUUGAUUGGAGAAAUGAAAUG